UGCUGUGUUUUCUCUGGCGCGCAGGCGCGGGUCGGAGUCGGGAUGGAGCCCACGCCCGAGGAGGAGGAGGAGUACCAGGACCCCGGCUUGUUCGGCACCCCGGGCGACAGCAGGCAGGCGCACGAGCGCUUCCUGGCCUUCCAGAGGGCCUUCCUGCCCGCCGUGUACCUGGCCGUGUUCGCCCUGGGCCUGCUGGGCAACGCCCUGGUGCUGCUCGUGCACGCCCGCUACCAGGCCCGCCGCAGCCUCACCGACCUGCUCCUGCUCAACCUGCCGCUGGCCGACCUGCUGUUCGCGUGCACGCUGCCCUUCUGGGCCUACGCCGGCAGCCGCGAGUGGGUCUUCGGGCAGGCCGUGUGCAAGGCCCUGCAGGGCGUCUACUCCGUCAACCUCUACGCGUCCAUGCUCACCCUCACCGGCAUCACCGCGGGCCGCUUUGUGAUGGUGGCCCAGGCCACCCGGGCCCACGCCCACCGGGAGCGGUGGGCGGCGUGGGGCAGGGCCGCGUGCGCGCUCACCUGGGCGGGCGCCCUGCUGCUCUCGCUGCCGCAGCUGCUCCACAGCCGCGUGGAGCAGCUCGACAGGCUCGCCUGCCACUACCACCACGAGGACGCCGCCCCGGCCGCGCUCGCCCUGCAGGCGGCGCUGGGCUUCUUCCUGCCGCUGCUCGCCAUGCUCGUGUGCUACCCGCUCGUCGUGAGGACGCUGCUCCGGGCCCGGGGCCCCCGCAGGCGCAAGCCCCUCAAGAUCAUCCUCGUGGCCGCGGCCGUGUUCCUGCUCACGCAGACGCCCUACGUGCUGGCCAGGCUCGUCCAGGCCACCAGCUGGGAGCACGCGGCCUCCCCCCGCUUCGGCUACGCCCUCGUGGUGACCGAGGCCCUGGCCUACCUGCGCGCCUGCCUCAACCCCGUGCUCUACGCCUUCGUGGGCCUCAAGUUCCGCAAGAACUUCUGCAAGCUCGUCAGGGACCUCGGCUGCCUCCCUGCUAGGGGGGCCUCGAGCGCGUGCAAGUCCUCCGAGGACAACUCCAAGACGUGCUCGGCCUCCCCCAACGCCGAGGCCACCAGCAUGCUCCAGCUGUAGGCCCGCGGGGCGCGGGA